AUGGAAGAUUUUAAAAAUCCAAAAGCAGACCUAAUAGCAAUUUAUCGCUUGGAAUUUUAUAAAAAACAAAAAAGUUGGAAACUUAGUACAAACGCAAAAAAUAAAAAACGUGAUGUGAGCGGAAAAAUCAAAUAUCCUUUAAAUAAAACCUAUGAUGUGGUGCAACCCCAAACAAAUGUGUGUGAACUCAAUGAAGCUUUCAUUGACACAGGUUCUGAAAACACUUCUUCCAAUCAUCAACCAUUUAACCCUGCAACACCAACCAGCCCCAAGCAAUCAACAUACAACUACCAGAAUGAAUUAUACAACUGGCAAAGUGCGGAAAUUACAGACCAUCCACAAAAUUAUAUUCACCCUAAACUAAAUUCACCGCAAACUGAGCCCAAAUUUAUCUGGACUGGAGACAAUUUACAUUACUAUGGUAAUGAACAAGAUCACCCGAAUUUAAAUGGCUGUUCUGAAAAAGGUGAACUUCAAUGUUGGUUUGAUAAAAAUAAAAAUUGGACCCCUUUACCUGAAACGAAGCCGCUUUGGACGAGAGAAUGGCCUGUUAUGAACGCGCUAAAUUGCGGUGACAAUGCGACAAAUGCCUUCUACACGGCCGAAGAAACGAUACCACCCAAAAUGGAGUGCUCGUGGUUGCCAGACGGCGAAGAGCUCCGGAGAAUACAAGAAAAUGCUUAUUAUUACACUGAGGACGAGUGGGACGCUAAGAGCGAACUAUCAACUGACAGUUGGAGUGAGUUUAUGCGUGGUGCUGACCUUGCCCCACACUCCUCGGAAGUUGAGUUAAGUUUGCCAAAUGUUUUAAGUGAUGUCGAACUAGACGAGAAUUUGCUGACGCGUUUGUCGUCAGCACAACUGAGGGUAGCGGUACAGUCUCACGCUCGAGUUUUGCGGCGUCUGCUACGAGAGGAGAGUAAACGGAAGCGCAUACGCUCAUUCCUAUCAUUGACGGACCGAACAACAGAUCGCCCUGUGAUAACUCCACGCGCUGCGACAGAUUUCAGCAACUACGACGAAUACCCCACACGCGAUAUCAACCUUUCGUCUCAUUAUUACACUGCUUGUAAUGCAAUGCAUCGCGCAAGGACAUUCACUAAGACAACUGAAGACACAUUUGUAGCAGGAUCACAUAACAAUGCGGACUUAGAAGUAUUGGGAAGAGGUAGAGGAAAGAUACAAGCGGCCUCAGGGAGCGAUAGCCGCAAAAGAAUUAUAGGGAUAGAAAGGGGAAGACCAUUUAGAUUAUAG